AUGUCCACUACCAGCUCGAGAUCAGUAUCACGGUCCGGCACUCCCCUCGGUACCAGACCACCUUCAACAACUACCACCACAACAGCCGCCACAUCAUCAUCGUCGCUAUCAGAUCACUCGAAUAACAACAAUCACAACCACAACCAGAACAGCAAUUACUUCUCGUACCCCGUCAGCCGUGUCGUAUCCGGUCUAUACCGCCGCCUCACCGACCCACCCCAAAAACCGGACAACAACAACACUAACAGGCGCAAUGCAAGAAAUGCCAACAUGAACAGCACACACUCAUCCUCCACAUCUCUCUACACACCCAAACGCACCGCCUCGCCCUUCCAACCUCCUCCCUUGACGCCUCUAACCCUCAAAUCAUCGUCCAACACUGCAAUCCUCUCCCGCGCCCUCGCCGAAGAAAUCCGUCUCCUCGUGCCUCCCCGCUUGCAACUAGUCGACACAUGGCGUCUGGCAUACAGCCUCGAGCGUGAUGGCUCUUCGCUGAGCACGCUAUACGAUCACUGCCGCAAAAUCAGCGAACACAACCCGCGCGCUGGAUACGUGCUUGUUGUUCGCGAUGCGUCUGAUGAUGGUGCCGGCGCAGUGUUUGGUGCGUAUUUGACCGAUGCGCCGCAUCCGGCGUCACACUUUUAUGGGACGGGGGAAUGCUUUUUGUGGCGGGCCAGUGUUCUGGGGCGUACCCAGGGGAUGUGGAAUAAUCACAACGAUAACAACCAUAAUCAAAAUAACGGAGGAUGUAAUGAGAAUCACGAAAAUGACGAAAGAGCUGAGAGCAAUGGAGGUGGUGAAUAUCAUACAAUGACAGACGAGGAACUCCAACGCGCCGGCUUCCCUCCUCCACCAAGCGCAGACACGACGCAUGCUGUGCGAAGCACGACACUGAGAGCGAGCACACCAACCCUACGAUCCGACAGAAAUAUCAACAACAGCAACAGUAAUCAUCUACUCUCAUUAGCCCAGACUCAGGGCACGAACAGCGGCACAAGCACCCCCGAACGCAUACGAUUCAAAGCCUUCCCUUAUAGUGGUAUGAACGACUACAUGAUAUUCUGUGAAACGGGGUUUUUGAGUGUCGGUGGAGGGGACGGCCACUACGGCCUUUGGAUCGACGAUUCGGUCGAAAAAGGUGUUAGCGAUUCGUGUCCCACGUUUGGGAAUGAGCCUCUUUCAGAUGAAGGCUCAAAAUUUGAUAUUUUGGGGGUGGAGAUUUGGUAUAUUAGUACUUAA